GGGCAUUCAUCACAAAAAAUAAAUUUAAUAUAGCUUUGUUCGCCUAGUAUCUGUAACCAACAUCAGUAUACCUGAUGCCACAUAAUAAACUUUAAUUUGUGCUUUUAAGUAAAAUACUAAAAAGUUCAUGAAGCAUGAUUCACAGCUUAAUCUCAUUUUCUUGAGUGGGUGACAGUUUUUGAUGAAUAAUAUUGCAGGAAAUCUCAAAAAUGUAAUAAUAUUCAUGAUUUUUGUUCAACAGGAUUUUGAAAAGAAAAUGUAGCAAUCUUUGAUCCAACCUUUGCGACUUUAAACCUUGAGUAAGAUCUCAAUAUAGAAACAAAUGAUCUACGGAUCAUAAUUGUGCAUAUUUCAUUGUUAUUUAAUCAAUGUUUUGUCGUUAAAAUGGUAUUUUAUAUUGUAUGUUGACUGUUAAGUAUUCGCUCCCUAUACAAGCUUUAAAAUCGCUCGUGGCCGUUCGGAGACGAUCCGGAAAGACGUGUGAGCAGCUUCCACGAGAUCAAAGUCGUACGACGACCUUGACCAUCUCGCUAUGGACUCAUACACCGGUAUAAAGUUGAUCCAAAUGAAAUCCCGGUGGAACAACAGGCCGGAUCGACUCUCCCACUUAUGGAGAUUCCGGGUCGGGAUAUCGAGAGCGAUGAGCAUUACAAUCCAUUUGAACAUAGGAAACUCGCACAUCCUACAUCUGACAUGGACACGUUAAUACAUCUUCUAAAGGGCUCACUAGGAAGUGGAAUAUUAGCAAUGCCCAUGGCAUUUAUGAAUGCUGGUCUCUAUUUCGGCUUGGUGGCAACUUUUCUCAUCGGAGGCAUAUGCACUUAUUGCGUUCAUAUUCUCGUAAAAACAGCCCAUGAACUCUGCAGAAGAAUCCAGAAACCUUCACUUGGUUUUGCGGAAACUGCCGAAGCUGCAUUUUUGUCGGGACCUCCAGCUGUUCACAAAUUCUCUAGGCUUGCUAAGGCUGUUAUAAACUGGUUUUUGGUCGUCGACUUGUUGGGCUGCUGUUGCGUCUACAUUGUAUUUGUGGCAAAGAAUGUGAAGCAAGUUGUGGACUUCCACGCCAAAGAGAGUGACUGGCUACCACAAGAUGUCGACAUCCGUGUGUACAUGGCAGCUCUACUUCCACUUUUAAUUCUUAUGAAUCUUAUCAGGAAUCUCAAAUAUUUGGCUCCUUUCUCUAUGAUUGCAAAUCUAUUAGUUGGAACUGGAAUGGGAAUAACAUUCUACUAUUUAUUUCAAGACAUCCCUGAAAUCAGUGAAAGGAAACAAUUCGCUGGCUUUGAACGGCUUCCCACAUUCUUUGGAACUGCAAUCUUCGCCUUAGAAGGUAUUGGCGUUGUGAUGCCUCUUGAGAACAACAUGAAGACUCCGACGCACUUCAUCGGAUGCCCUGGUGUCCUUAAUACUGGAAUGUUCUUCGUCGUAUCGCUGUAUGCAUUGGUUGGAUUUUUCGGUUAUUUGAAAUAUGGAGAUAAUACUGCAGGAAGCAUCACUUUAAAUUUGCCAGAAUACGAAGUCUUGGGUCAAUGCGUUAAACUAAUGAUUGCUGUCGCCAUUUUCUUCACCUAUAGUCUUCAGUUCUAUGUUCCUAUGGAAAUUAUUUGGAACAAUGUUCGCCAUUGGUUUGGAGCCAAGAAGAACCUCGCUGAAUACAGUAUCAGAAUAGCCAUUAUUAUAUUGACCUUGUGUAUAGCCGUGGCUAUACCAAAUCUCGGGCCUUUCAUAUCGCUUGUCGGUGCUGUAUGCUUGUCCUUUUUGGGCCUUAUUUUCCCUGCUGUAAUCGAGACUGUUACAUUUUGGGACCGCCCCAAUGGCUUAGGCCGCUUUAACUGGGUAUUAUGGAAAAACGUUUUCUUAGUUUGCUUCGGUAUUUUAGGUUUCUUGACUGGUUCCUAUGUUAGUAUUUUAGAUAUCUUAAAAGGAGAAGAGUAAGACAACUAGUAAAGACAUAUAUAGCAGGGCUUCUAUGGUAUAUGUUAGGCCCGAGACCUAGUUUAUUUUUUUAGCUUGUUUCAUUAUGUAGCACUUGAACGGAGAUUCCAGUUAGUGUUGAUGCUAUCAAUGCUCAAAUAAAACUGUUUCUGUCUUAUUAAUAAACGCAAUUUAAAGUAACUCCAAGUUUAAAAUUACUUCUUCCUGUCAUGUAAUUAUUUAGUGACAAAGGUAAGAUAAGGUCAAAAAGUUUUAAACUUGGAAUAACUUUACGUUGCGUUUAUUAAUAACACAGUUUAAGAUUAGUUUUAAAUGCAGGAUUUUUAAGCUUCUCAACAAGUUUGUUUUGUAUUUGAAAGCCCGAAUCUCUAUAACCAUUUCGGAAAUACAUUACUUUUUAAAUGUGUGAGAAUUUUCUAGUGCAUUAUUAAAAUGUGAUAAAAGGAUAGUUUUAAUGAGAAUUUUUGUUUAAUGCGUAAGGAAUACGAUUGUGAAAAUUAGGUUAUUCGUUUGCAAAACGUUGACAAUAUCAUAGGUAAGCUUACCUUUUACUUUUGGAAAAUUAUAUAUUGCAAUUACUGACAUACUAUUAUAUUUUGUGAUAUAUGUAAUAAUAUAAUGGCAUUUUGAUAACCAAAAAUAUACCAACUAUGAGAGUAAACUAGUAAGGAAAGUUACUAACUUUUUUUCUAUUUACAGCUUUAGUGCAAAGUAUUAUGAUUAAAUUAAUUAGUUUUAUUAGCACUUGAUACGUUCAGUAAUAGCUAUAAUUCAAUUAAUGUUAUUUUACUAAUAAUUAUAUAAACAACAGUAGUUAUGUGCUUAAGAUUACUCUAGAGAAUGCGGUUAAUAACAUGGAAUACAGCUAAUGUUUAUUGUUCUAUAUUCAAAAGUAAUCAAAUUUUACUCCAACUGAUUUUGCCCCUUUUUCCGACUUUAUCAGAACGAGCGUUAAGAGAACUCAAUGAAAUAAAGUAAAUGCAAUUUCAUUUCAUAUCGAUGAGUGCGCGGUUCUCAUCAAUCGAGCGAAGUUACAAGGUGAACUGUAUAAGUAGAUUUGUUUGUUUAAAAUUAUGAGAUUUUAUUUUUGAAUAAACAAUGACGAAAAUUUUAUUCGAAAAUCCAGUAGGUACGUGUGGAGCUCACAUUCUGAAUAUUUUUCAGUUCUGUGAAAAUCCUGCUUGAAUGUUAAACAUAUUAUCUAGUUAUGAAAAUAUUUUUUUUUAUAUUAUAAACCUUAACGACAAAACUUUUGAUAUAAAUAUAUAUAAAAUAUAACAAUCUUCGAUUCAUGUUCUAUAGAGUCCUCUUAAAUAGCCAAGUGUGCUAGAUCAGUUUCAUUCAACGACCCAUAAAUUAAGUGGUCAGCACCUUAAGGAAGUUUUCACUUCAAGACGGCAACUUCACUUUAGUUCCGAAGAUAAUACCUAUAUAAUUUAAAUGUAUUCAAGAUAUAUCUAGCACAUAGAUAGUGUAAUAUUUUGUUUUAUAGAACUGUUACAACUUCGUUGUAAUGUUCAAGUCCUUGAGACGCUAAAAUAUAAUUAAGAGCAAUUAUUUACUAACGUUGCAUAUAAUUUAUAGGCAGUAUUUUCGUAUCAAACGAAAAUAUUUUUUUAUACAAAUAGACACUUGACGAAGAAAUGUUGGUAAUUAGAAUUUUUUAAUAAGAAAGUGUAAUGAGUUAACGGAAUUACAAAUGAAUGUAUUACACAGUACACGCAUAUAUUUUACGAUAUAUUUUCUAGUUCUUGGCUUUAACGAAUGGUACGAGAGUAAACGUAAAUAUAUAUUUCUAAAUUUAGACCAUAAAUACAUAUUAUGAUACUUAAUAUCAAAUAGAUAAAAUUAUUAGUUGCAAUACGUACCUACCUACCUACUCAAGCGGAGUUCGUUUUAUAACAAAAAUAUGCCUACAAAUUAUUGUGAUGUGAUUUUCUGUUAUUGUAAGAAUAACAAUAUUAUGUACCUAACCGUUUUAAAAUUUAUAAUAAUUAAAUAAAUCUCGCCGUAGGAAAUAAUGACAUAAUGUUCCUUUAGUCGAGUCUGGAUAAUAUUUAUUAGAAUUUAGAUAGCAUCUACUCGAACGGAUAUGUUAAAAUUGCCUAGAUGAUUAGUAAUUAAUAAUACGAUUUGAGUAGUUCAAUGUAGAGCAAUUUACGAUGGAGGAUAGAAGUCGCAAAAUUGACUGACUGAGAAAGUUUGAAUAAUAAAUUAAUUGUCUGUGCAUAAUAAAAGAAUCAUUAUCAAUGGCCUAGCUUAUAAAUUGAAAAAUUAUUUUGUAUGUAGUUACAUUGCAGUUAAAGUGUUACACGUAAUGCCAUGUACCUAAUUUUGAUACAAUAAAAACCUACUGCGAAUACUAUGUCUACAAGUAGGAAAUUAUUCAAAAUUUCACAUGACUACAAAUUGAAUUAUGAAACUUGAUCUGAAACUGAUAGAAUCUGCCUUUAAUUUUGAGCAAUUUUGUUGAAUUAACUAGUUUCCCAGUAGUUUAGUAUAUUUUGUUAAUUUUAUCAUUAUUAUAUUAUGUAGGUAAUUAAUAUCAAGCUCCCGUUCACCUCAAAUGAAAGAAUUUUAAUUUUGAAAACAAAGUCAACGUUCAAAGUUAGUAAAGUUUGACUCGGUAAAAAGAAACAAUAAGAUCAUUCCUAAAACUAUAUAUUUUGGUAAAAACGAUUAUAUUUUGGUUUUAGAGUACCUUUACACUUAUCAAGGGAGUGGCGAUGGUUUCGUUACAGUAUUAAAUAAACUAUUUUAAGGGAAA